AGUCACUUACUGCUCCGAACUUCACUUCCUCGUGGCAGCACACGCCCGAGUGUCUGCAGGAUGACACUCGGUGGCACUUCUUCCAGUUCCGCUUGGCAAACAGGUUCCUCCUCGUGUCACCGCGUGGAGCACGCGUGGAAAGGAGAGCGCUCACACAAGCAGGAGAAGUGCUCGUCUGCCCCCAUACGGCCUCCGGGAUGCGGGUGCGUGGGCCGCCGUGCAGCUUCUUCUGGGCCCUGAUGCUCGCCAGCGGCUUGCCGGCUCCCGUGGACGGAUGUGACUUCACAGAGUCGGUCUGCGGCGCUCAGGCUCCCGGUGACGUGGUGAUUGGCAUUUUGUUGCCAUGUCAUCGAAAAGUGAUCAAUCUCCAGCAGCGGACCAGACCUGAGAACUUUCACUGCUCAAACUUUGAUCUGGAGUCAUUUCUGAGAACCUUGGCUGCCAUCCACGAAAUUGAGGUCAUCAAUGCAGCCGGCCUCCUGCCAGGGGUGCGUCUUGGAUAUUUGAUGUGUGACACGUGCGCCUCGGCGAGCAAGGCGUUGCAGUGUGUGGGGCACAUGCUCCAGGUCAACGGCUCUCUGAAUGCGACCUGCGACUACACCGACUUCAGGCCCGCAGUCAAGAUCGUUUUGGGAGCCCUGUUCUCUGAGGUGUCCAUCGCCCUGGCCAGACUGAUGAAUGUGUACAUGAUCCCUCUGCUGAGCAGCACGUCAUCCGCACCAGACCUGAGCAACAAACAGCGCUACCCGUCCUUCUUGCGCACCAUUCCCAGUGACAAACACCAGACCAGAGCAGUGGUCAGAAUGAUGCUUCACUUUGACUGGAACUGGGUCGGGGUCGUGUACGGCGACGACGAGUACGGCAGCGAAGCUUUUCACAGCUUCCUCCAGGACGCCGAGAACAACACCGUGUGUUUGGCCUACCAGGAGGUCUUGCCUCAUUACCUCGGCGAUUUGUUCAGCGCGGAGCGCGUCAAGCAAGUGGCCCAGGUGAUCCGCUCCUCCAGCGCCCAGGUGGUGCUGCUCAUCCUUAAGGUAGAACUGGUGGGGGCCCUAUUUAAGGAGAUGAUUGAGAGCAACACAUCAAGGAUCUGGAUAUCCACUGAUUCCUGGACCAAGAGCAAGUCCCUCUCCAAAAUGCAGGGCAUCAAUAAGGUUGGGGACAUCUUGGGCUUCACGUUUGUUUCUGAAAAGAGCGAACCCUUCGAUGACUACCUCAAGAAUCUGACAGCAACCCCGGGGGGCUACAACCACUUCAUUGAAGAAUACAAGAACCUGAGGUUUAACUGCAGCUCAGAAUGUUUCUCUGUCGAGCCUCCGUCCCACUGUCCCUCACCCGAGCUCCUGAGAAUGAAGUCCGCCAGCGCGUGCAAUCUCAAGGAUCCCCAAGGGCAAAACGAUGACUAUCUGGUGAAGGCUCUGGGCACGAGGGAAACCUUCCUUCAAAGAGUCGCAGUGUGGGCCACAGCGAAGGCUCUCAAAGAGCUGCUGAAGUGCAACAGCACGUCGUGCUCGGGAGAGGUUAACUUCCCACCAUGGAGGCUUCUUGAAGCACUCAGGAACAUUACGUUUGAGUUCGAGAACUAUACUAUCAAAUUUGACGAAAAUGGUGAUCUUUUAAAUUUUUACAACCUUAUCGCGUGGCAACGGGAUGGAAACAGCAGACGAUUCCAAAAUAUCGGGAAAUACGAUGUCCUUCGUCAAGAAAUUAUGGUUGAAAAAUACAUCACCUGGUUUUCAACAGCCAAUGCCACGAUCCCUUCAUACAGAUGCUCAGAGCAGUGCGCCGCCGGAUCAGUGAAAAAGAUCCUCAACGCAGUCUGCUGUUACAGCUGCACGCUCUGUGUGGAGGGGACCUUCUCAGACGUCCCAGAUCUUGAAACCUGCAAAGCGUGUCCCAAUGGAACCUGGGCUCUCAAGGGGUGGACCGAGUGCAGGCCAAGAUCUGAGUCCUACCUGCGAUGGACAGACGCUCAUCCCAUCACCAUGAUUGCAGCCGCGGCGUUUGGCGUCUUGCUCUUGUUUGUUGUCGCCCUCAUCUUUUUGGUGUACAGAGAUUCCCCACCCAUGAAAAGAGCCGAGGUAAGGUUGUCUUACGUCAUGAUGGUCGGUCUGUCGGUGAGCUUUGCCAGCGUGAUAUGCUUCAUGGGCAGGCCCAACGUACACCUGUGCAGAGCCCGUCAGUUGAUGUAUGCCCUGGGCUUCACCCUGUGUGUGUCCUGCAUCCUAGUCAAGGCCUACCGUACCUUCCUGGCUUUCCUUCCCUUCGGUCAGCUAACUUGCGGGCGCCUGCACAAACUCUACAAGCCGACCGCGAUCGUCGUCAGCCUGACGGCUCUCCAGGGGGUCAUCUGUCUCCUCUGGCUCACCUUGGACUCCCCUGAUAUUGACCCCACGCCUCCGUCCCCACAGAGCAUGGAAAGGCUGAUCCAGUGUAGCGAAGGUCUCACACACAUAGGCUUUGGCCUCAUGUUGGCCUACAUAGCGCUGCUGGCACUGGUUGGCUUCUUCUUGGCCACCAAAGGCAGGAAGGUUCCGCAGGAGUUCAGUGAAACGGGCUACAUCAUCUUCAGCAUGCUGAUGUACUUGUUCGUGUGGAUGUGUUUCAUCCCGGUCUACGUCACCAACCACAGAAAUGCUGCUCCUGUGCAGGCUACGGCCAUUCUAGUGUCCACCUACGGCAUCAUCUUCUGCCAUUUCUUACCCAAGUGCUACGAGGCGCUUCGUGGGUCGAAUGCGGAUACACUGGAAUGUGUCCUGAGGAGAUGGCGAGGUGUCGACCCCGGCCCUAAGGCUGAUCCGGUGACACGCACAGGUAGCGACGUCCCUGAAAUGGGCUUUCCCACCGCGAGGGGUAACCGAUUUUCCAUAUCAAGCACAACAACUAUGUUGACAAGCACAGGGAUGCUAAGCCCUGUCGAUUCUGAUGUGAUCCUAAAGCAGAUGUCCUAUUGCAAGAUGCCUCACCUUCGGAAGCUGGGGAACAAACUGAAGAGAUGUAGGAGUAUAUCCAUCUAAAACUGGUUCUGGUAUCUACUGUCCUAUAGUGGUAUAUCAUCCAUCCAUUCAUCCAUCCAUCUUCAACUGCUUAUCAGGGGUCGGGUCGCAUGGGGAAACAGCUCCAGAAGGGGACCCCAAACUUCCCUUUCCCAGGCCACAUCUACCAGCUCUGACUGGGGGAUCCCAAGACGUUCCCAGGCCAGUGCAGAGAUCUCUCCACCUGGUCCUGGGUCUUCCCCGGGGCCUCUUCCCAGCGGAACGUGGCUGGAACACCUCCCUAUGGAGGCGUCCAGGGGGCAUCCUUACUAGAUGGCCAAACCACCUCAACUGGCUCCUUUCAACUCAAAUGAGCAGCGGCUCAACUCCUCCUCGGUCUCACCCUCUAAGGGUCUCUAAGGGAGACGCCAGCCACUCUCCUGAGGAAACCCGUUUUGGCCGCUUGUACCCGUGACCUAGUUCUUUCGGUCAUGACGGUAUAUCAUUAUUAUUUUAUUAUUCAAACUUUCUAAAGACAAUAUUUUGUAUUUUAUAUUUUGUAUUUUAUAUUUUGUAUCUUUUUGUUGUUAAUCCAAGCUAAAAAAAAGUUGUUUUGCUCGAAGCUGUUGAAUUCUUUAUUGUACAAACAAAAGCGCUCUUGUGUGUUAUAUGCAAUUAAAAGCAAUUAAAUUAAAAAUUUAAAAAACUUAUAAACUUUUAAUGCACCUUUUUUUCUUCAUCACAACCCAAUGUAUGCAUCACAACAGAUCAACAAGGAGUCUGCUCUUGA